AUGAGAUUUACUACUGUCGUUGCCUCUUUGAUCGCCGCUUCCGGCUUUGCUUCCGCUUCCGAGUACUUGAACCAAACCACUACCUUGCGCCCAAGCGGCUCUUCGUCCCUCCUUAACGCUGUCACUACUGAGCUUACCACCCAGACUUUUGACUCCACCUCGACCGUCACUCUCAUGACCACGAUCACCAUGAGCGGAGGCCAGUCUACGGGCUCCACAACCACCUCGGCCGCCAGCGCCUCCUCCGCCGCUCUCACUGCUGGCCAGAACAACAAGGGCGCCUUUGUUGGCUCUGCUAGCUCCGCUAGCUCUUCCACCUCAGAAAUCUGGUCAACCAUUACCUCCACCCUGUACACUACUCAAAGCGUUACUCUCUCUAACAGUCAGGUUUCCGCUUCCGUUAGCGCUUACGAGAAGCAGAUUGUCAUCGGUACCUCCAUUCCUUCUUGCACCCCACAGACUGUUACUGUUACUGCGGAAAAGACCAAGUACAUUACUGUUACUGCUGGCCAGACCUCUUCCGCUGCUCCAGUCUACACUCCAUCUGCCGGUCCCUACUCCAACAGCACAAUGUCCAUCUAA